AUGGCAGCCAAUGGGAACUUCGAACGUGUAGGACAUUUAUUGAAUGUUGUCAUUGUCGGCGGCUCCUUGUCCGGUCUUCUCUGCGGCGUUGCCGUCAAACAUGCAGGCCACGCGGUCACCAUACUCGAGAGGGAGAACGACGAGCGCAACUCUCAUAUGGCGGGGGUGUGCCUUGGGCUAGACGCUGCAAUGUGGCUUGAACGUCAUGACCGUCAGACCAAGACCUUCUCACACAGAAGCACCCGAGUCCAGCUUCUCAAGAAAGACCAGACUAUCCAAAUAUUUUCGAACGUACGAAGGGAGAUAACAAGCUGGGAUACCUGGUACUAUCGGCUCCGCUCUCUUUUCGAUGGGUACAUCAGCUCGUAUUACCCAUCACCACCGCAGACUACCAAGGCAGAUGGCGUGGCCAGAUAUGAAAGCGGCAAGGAAGUUUUGGAUCUCAAAAGGGCCGCUGAUGGUGAAGAUGGUAUUCUUAUAACCUUUUCGGACGGCAAUGAUCACUCUGUCUCCACCAUGAAAGCCGAUCUUGUGAUCGCCGCCGACGGCCCUGACUCUGUGGUCAGGGCUAAGUAUCUUCCCUCGGAGCGGCGUGAGUAUGUGGGCUACAUUGCCUGGCGCGGCACCGUUCGCGCCUGUGAUGUCUCGCCGGAAACGCGCAAUGUUUUCAGGCGCAGUGUGACGGUGCACAUGAUGCCCAGACACCACUGCGUCGUCUAUACCAUACCUGGGGCGGACGGGUCCUUAGAUGACGGAAACAAACUCCUAAACUUCCUCUGGUACACUAACGAGACACUAGAGGCAAUCGAUGGCAUUCUCAAAGAUAGAAUCGACGGGCAUCGCCACCAUAACAUUGUCCCUGCGGGCCACGUUCGUCAAGACGUCUGGGAAUCAUAUCUCGAGCGUGCGACAAGGGCGCCUUUUCCCCCACCGUUGCUCGAGAUCAUCACAAAGAUCCAACGACCCUUCAUUCAGGUCAUCACGGACCAGUGCUCUGCGUCUGCAGCCUUUGAGGGAGGCAAGGUCCUUCUAGUUGGUGACGCCCUGUCCUUGUUCAGGCCACACACAGCUUUUAGCAGCACUCAGGCUGCGUUUCAUGCGCUCAUGGUCGAGGACUAUCUCAGUGGCAAGAUCUCAUUAGGGGACUGGGAGGAGAAGGUGUUGCGAUAUUCACAUCUGCACUGGUUACAAAGCAUUUGGUGGGGCAAGUUCUAUCAAAGUCGGCUGGCGGUAGCGUUGAUGUUUGGCCUCAGAUAUUGGUUUUACUGUGGGAUAGACAGAGUCAAGUCAUGGUGGAACGGUGAGCAGCCACUGUUGAGGACUUCGUCCAACGUUGUAGAAGAAUACGGGUCAGGGUAA